UUGAGCAUGGUAGAGAGCACGCUGGAACCGGCUGGUCUUGUGGGGAAACCGCUGCCGAUGGACUCUCCGGCGCCGAAGGUGGAGGCGCUGGGUGAAAAAGAUGGUGGACGGAAGCCGGUCGUCUGUGUGACCGGCGCCGGUGGCUACGUCGGUUCCUGGCUCGUCAAGAUCCUCCUCUCCGAGGGGUACAUCGUUCAUGGCACGGUCAGAGACCCUGAUGACAAGAAGAAUGAACACCUUAAGCUACAAGGAAACUCAUGUGGGAAGCUGCAGCUGUUCAAGGCAGACCUUCUCAACUACCCAGAGAUGUCUGCAGCCAUUACCGGAUGCGAGGGAGUUUUCCAUGUUGCUAGUCCACUUCCUGCCCACGCUGUCCAUGACCCUCAGAAGGAGGUGAUUGAUCCUGCGGUGACGGGCACUCUAAAUGUUGUUAAGGCAUCAAAAGAAAAUGGAAUAAGAAGGGUUGUCAUUGUAUCAUCUGUAGCCGCGGUUGUAGUUAGUCCGAGCCUCCCAAAGGACUCCUACGAUGAAAGCUGCUGGUCUGACCUUGACCAUUGCAAGAUGAUGAAGAAAUGGUAUUAUGUAUCCAAAACAAUGGCAGAAAGUCUUGCUUGGGAGUAUGCAGAGGAGAAUGGCCUGGACCUUGUCACCAUAUGCCCGUCUCUGGUCCUGGGGCCAAUGCUGCAGCCAACCGUGAAUGUUAGUAGUUUGGUGCUGAUCAAACUAUUGAAAGGAGAGAAGGAUGCAGUAAUUUAUAGUGGAAUGGUGGAUGUGAGAGAUUUGUGCGAGGCUUUAGUACUGCUGUUUGAGAAGGCAGAGGCUAGUGGACGCUACAUAUGCAGUGCCCAUCAUCUUAGAGCAAGUGUUCUGGUGGAAAAGUUGAAGGGCAUGUACCCCAAAUACAAUUACCCUGAUCAGUUGAUGCAGGUAUAUAGGUUUUGGGCAUGAAGUACCUCUUUCUUCUAAGAAAUUGCAGAAUUUGGGUUGGAGAUUCAGGCCUUUGGAGGAAACACUUGCCGAUUCAGUUCAAUCUCUUCUCAAGCAUGGAAUUGUUGAGUAGUGAAUCUCUCUCUCUCUCCCCUCAGUUAUAAUAAUGAGGAGGAAUGGAAAGUGCUGUGGUGGUAUAUAUCGAGUCAUGGUUUCAUCCAUAUGAUAUUGAUCAGGAUUCGAAAUCUGCGUCUUAACUGUUAGCAGGAAGAUGAAACAAGUCUUUUCUCUCAGAUUAUGCUUGACUAUUUGUUAACCACGAGAACAACAACGACGAUAAGAUUUUGCUUUUGAAGAAGGGAAGCAAUAAUAAGGAAAAAGGGUUGUCUUUUUAUUCCUCA